GGUCACUCUUAGCCUUUCACUAUUGAGAAUGAUGUUAGAAGUGGGCUUUCACAUAUGAUCUAUAUCAUGUUGAAGAAGUUUCCUUUUGUUCUUAGCUUCUUGAAUGUUGUUAUUAUGAAAGAAGGUCCAAUUUUGUCUAUUUUUCUGCAUCAGUGGACAUAAGCAUGCACUUUUAUCCUUCAUUCUGUUAAUGUGGUGUACCACACUGACGGAUUUUCAUAAGUAAAACCAUCCUUGCCUUCCAGGAAUAAAUCCCACUUGGUCAUGAUGCAUUAUCCUUUUCUACACCACGAACAAAAGGCUGCUAUGUUCUGUUUGGUAGUAUUUAGUAAAAGAUUGUCACAUCAGUAUUUGUUUGGAAUAUUGUUCUGUACUUUUAUUUUCUUGCAAUGUCUUUAUUUUGUCAGUAUUAGCGCAAUGUUGGCCUCUUGGAAUAAAGUAGGACGUUUUAACCUUUCAAUUUUUGUAAGAGUUUGAGAAAGUUUGGUGUUAAUUCUUCUAUUUCUGUGUGGUUUUUGUGAUUCUAAGCCAUGACGACUCAGUUGGCACACCUACAUUGCAAAAUGCAAUUCUCUUAGGAAAAAUAAGCUCUUGACUCAUGGUGUAUCCUGUCCCCUGCUUUCUAAAACAGCUGUGCUUCAGCCACAAGAGUACACAGUACCACAAUGAUGGAAAACUCUCUCUCUGCCUCUCUUCCUACCUGCACUGUGUGUGUGUGUGUGUGUGUGUGUGUGUGUGUGUGUAUGUGUGUAGGGAAUAGAGAUAUUAUCAGUGAAUAUACACACAUGAAAAACAUUUGAAGCAAGCUGAAACUGUUUUAUGAAAUUAAAAAAUGCAUAAUUUAGACCAACUAAAGACUGACAGUAAGAGUGAGAGAAUGUGAUAGAAUUAUGGAGGAAUGAGUUAUGUUGUAUCUGUACACAUUACAUAAAAUUUAUUCCGUGGUAGCAGACAUCAUAUAUAACAUAUAGGUAUAAAAACAACAAUGGACUGUAGUGUCCACUCCCUUAGGACGUUUCCACAGAUGCAGGAGGCUUUGAGCUCCUCUCUUUCUUAUCUUACACCCCACCCCUGCUCCUGUUGUGUUACCUGCUCUGCUCACAGCUUUCUCUUUGAUGUUGCCUGAUGGGUUUGGGUCUUGCCUUAGGGUCCUUGCACAGGCUUUUUCUCUGCCUUAAUUGGUUUCCUCAAAGUUAUCUGCAUGGUUCAUAUAUCCACUGCCCUCAGUUUUUCAGCUUUGAAGCCCCUCAUCAGAGAUGAUACAAUGGCAAGUUUCCCCUUCAUUUAGGAUUCCUAGUGUGACAUUGUUUUACUUACUGGUUGUAACCACCACUUGAAACAUCAUUCUUCAUUUAGUAAUAUUCGCUGCCUCUGACACACACGCAUCUUAAACUCAGUCUUGUUGAGGUCAAAUGCACAUCACUAAUUUUUUCAGUGCUUUCAAAAAAUCUUGCCAACAAAAUAAUAGGUUAAAAUAUUUGUUGGGUGAACAAAAAGAGUCUCAGGAAAUUUAUGGAGGAGAACAUUGCUUUGGAUAAAUGUUUUGAUUCAGGACAAGGAUUGUGAAUCAGUUUCAGCCUCAUGGAAAACACGGAACAUUGGGAUUCCCUGAAAUUUUCUGCUAAAUUUUCUAGAUGGUAGGUAAUGUUUAAGAAUUAACUAAUGAAGCACGUUGGAAACACAAAUUGCAGCAUUUCUUUCAAUUCUGUGAUCACUGCCUGUGCCUUUACAAUGCUCUUGUCUCUGUUCCAGCUGUUUUCACCAGACACAUGGAAGGAAGAAAUCAAACCCGUGUUACAGAAUUUAUCCUCUUGGGGCUCUCAGACGAGGGGGGGCUGCAGUCCCUGCUCUUUUGGCCGUUCCUGUCCAUGUACCUGGUCACCUUCACUGGGAACCUGCUCAUGAUCCUGGCCAUUAUCACGGACUCCCGCCUCCACAUGCCCAUGUACUUCUUCCUCUCCAACCUGUCCUUUUCAGACAUCUGUUUCACCUCCACCACCAUCCCAAAGAUGCUGCUGAACAUCCAGACGCAGAGCAAAGUGAUCACCUAUGAAGGCUGUCUCAGCCAGAUGUACUUUUUCAUGCUUUUUGUAGGAUUAGACAACUUCCUCUUGACAGUGAUGGCCUAUGACCGGUUCGUGGCCAUCUGUCACCCAUUGCACUACAUGGUCAUCAUGAAUCCCAAAUUCUGCAGCAUCCUGCUUCUGGUUCCCUGGAUAUUGAGUGUUCUUACCUCUCUAUUACAUGACUUGAUGAUUUUGCGACUCUCUUUUUGCACAGAUCUGGAAAUCCUUCACUUUUUCUGUGAACUUAUUCAGGUGAUCCAACUUGCUUGCUCUGAUACCUUCCUCAAUGACCUGAUGAUCUAUCUCACAAGUGGACUUCUGGGUGUUGUUCCACUCACUGGUAUCCUGUUCUCUUACUAUAGAAUUGUAACUUCCAUUUUGAGAAUUUCAUCAGCAAUGGGCAAGUAUAAAGCAUUUUCCACAUGUGGGUCUCAUCUUGCAGUGGUCUCUUUGUUCUACGGUACAAGCCUUGGGGUUUAUCUUAGUUUUGCUGCUUCACAAAACUCCAGAGCAAGUGCCAUAGCCUCAGUGAUGUUCACAGUGGUGACGCCCAUGCUGAACCCCUUUAUCUAUGGUCUGAGGAACAGAGACAUCAAGCAAGCCCUGAGAAAUCUCUUUAGCCGAGAGACAUUCUCUGCAUAUAGGAUUCUUUGUUACAGGAUAAAGACUUGAGUAACAGGGCUCCAAACCCUAGAAAACCUAGAUCAUGAUAUUUGUGUCAGUUCAUAGGCUGACAAUCUGCAGUUUGUCUUUCUACAGUUUGGGUUGAUUUGUGUUUUUCAUACAUUAUGAGCCACCAUUUCUUCUGUAUCUCUUUUCUUGUUGAAGCUUAUUUAUUUAGAGAGAGAGAGAGCAGGGAGGGGCAGAGAGAGGGAGAGGGAGAAUCCUAAACAGGCUCCUCGCAACCAGUGCAGAGUCUGAUGUGGGGUGUGAUCUCACAAUUGAUGAGUUCAUAUCAUAAGUUGAGCUGAUAUCAAAAGUUGAUGCUAAGUUCCUGAGCCACCCAGGUGCUCCUCUUCUGUAUUUCUUUUAAACGGUUUAGACUUCUCAUUAAAUUCCAUCGCAUGGAUUUUCAGCAACAAAUAAAGGCUAUAGGAAAUUGAGUACUUAUGAUGUGAUAGGGGAAGCCAGUGGAGUAAAUGUGGAAUCCUUCCUCUCUGAGAUGAAAGCAGCUGUCUGGUAGAGUAUCUGCUUUGGCAGUAAAAUCAUUCAGCAUAUCAGAGGUUAUAUACCAGGUUCCCGGGGUUUCUGUCAAUCCACCUUGGAAAGAGCUCACAUCUGCAAGAGCAGAGGCCCCUGGAAUCCUGUGUGAUUUGUUAACGAUAAUCCACAUUCACUAUGCAAUAUCUAGUUUCCCCUUGCACACUUCAAAACAUUCAUUACAUGUGAAGUUAAUAGAAAUGACAACUCGUGAUUUUUCAGGCAUUGAUGGUGUCAUUGUUGGUGCUUAUCCCAGGCAUGUACUAUUACUUUCCUUUUAAUAUUUUGGUAGGUAGCAACCCUAUUUUCUGAUUGCCCUCAGCACCUCCAAACUAUGAUAAGCCCUUAACAGAUCCCAACCACAAUAUGGAUAGUCUGCCUAUUGCCACCUCUGUCUUUUCUUUAAAAAAUUUUAAAAUGUUUUUAUUUAUUUUUCAGACAGACAGAGCAUGGGGGUGGGGGCAGAGGGAUGGGCAGAGAGAGAGGGAAGCACAGAAUCUGAAGCAGGCUCCAGGCUCUGAGCUGUCAGCACAGAGCCCGACGUGGGGCUUGAACCCACAAAUUGUGAGAUCAUGACCUGAGCUGAACCGGAUGCUUAACCAACUGAAAUACUCAGGUGCCCUUACCUCUGUCUUUUCUAAUGAUGCAUCCCAGAAUUUAGGCAUUGAUAGCAGGAUAUACUUAUGGUUCUAGCCUGUGCUUUAUGAGGCAGAGCAAGUGAAAGUCUCCUUAUCACCUUACCCCAGAAGCCACCAGUUUGAUGGUUGGCCGUAAUGGUAAUUUCCUAUUACCUGAUUCACAGUUUUCCAGGUAAAAGUCCACAGGUCCCUUUAAGGACUAAUAUUCAGAGAAAUGUUUAAGGGGCUCUCACUCAAAAGCAAAGAGAAGAAGAAACAGGGAAAGCAAGAAGAAAGAAGGAAAAUGAGAAAAAUAGAAUAAAGAAGAGAGCUUACUUAUAGCAUUUGCCAGUUUCCGUGGGAAAACUACUCUCAUCUUGCCCAAUAUCAAGCUACCAAUUUUGGUUCAGACCACAGUCCCCACGAACCAUUAUAAGUUGGCUACCACCAUUACCUUAGAGUCUUUGGGUUGGGUUUGGUGGAAAAUGUAAAGCAUUGUUGCUAUUUUACAUCCUUCACUCAUCCUUCACUAAUUGGUUCCAUCAACUGAGGAUCCGAGUCAGUGAACAGUCUCAGGUCUGAGAGGCAAGUAGAGAUUAUGACCCUUCAUUGUGGUGACUCAGGUCAAUCUUUUCUUCAUGAUUAUUAGAGGUAGGUGUUUUGGUUGUUGUUUUUGUUUUCCUUGUUUUUCAUAGCUACACAACUUGGAUGAACCCUUAGUAAGCCGCCCAUCAUUUUGUUUCAUGGAGACACCUUGAUGAAAAUGCCAGUUCCAGAAAUCUCUGUGGCUCAACCAAUGUUGAUGAGAAUGAUUAACUCUUAUAUGCACUAUAAUACUAUACCCUGGGUGGUUUCAGACUGUUGACAUGGCCUCUGGCAAUUCAGUGGAGGGGGCAGGGGCUGAACUCAGGACAAAGGCAUUUCAAUUUCAGCAUGUCCAUGGUAAGUCUGUCAUAUUGGGGAGAAGCUCUGUAGAGCUUGUCAAGGAAGACAUUACAUCCCUCGCCAAGGUGUUUCUCAAUGCUUUAUGAAUUUUAUAUUCUCCAAACUCUUAUUUUGGGUGUACUUUGUGGUUGAGGGGGGUGUUGGGGUCUCAUAGGGUAGAAUCACACAAGAUAAACCCAUCACAACACUCUUGUCUCCUUGUACUUUGGAUUCCUUCCUCUACAUCAUCAAGCUCUUUAUGGCACUGAAAUUCUUUUAGAAUAUGUCACUCUUUUAGUUCCUUUUUUGUCAGGGUAAAAAAUAUAUGAAAUUUAUUAUUUUAAACAUUUUGAAAUACACUUAAGUGGCCUUAAGUACUUUUUCACUGUUGUGCAAUCACCACCUCGAUCCGUCUCCAGAAUUUUCUUAUCAUCUCAAACUGAAUCUUUGUCCACUUGAAAUAGUAACUCCCCAUUGCCCCUUUUUCCAGUCCCUGUCUCCCACCAUCCUACCUCUUUCUCUAAAACUGAAUACCAAAGGUUCCUUAUGUAGAUGUUAUUGUUUAAUAUGGAUCCUUUUACAUCCUUCCUUUCACUUAGCAUAAUGUUUGUUUCACCCAUGUUGUAGCCUAUGCCAGAAUUCUAUUCAUAUUAAAGCCUGAAUGAUAUUCCACUGUAUGUUUUCACCACAUUUUGUUCGUCUGUGAGUUUGUUGAUGGACAUUUGGGUUGUCUCCACAUUUUGGCUACUGUAAAUAAAUCUGUUAUGAAAAGUGUUGUACAAAAAAUCUUUUCUAGUCACUGCUUUAGUCUUUUGGGGCAUAUAAGUGGGUACAUAACCAGAAGUGAAUCUACUGGAUCAAAUGAUAAUUCUGUGUUUACAUUUCUGAGGAACUAGCACACUGUUUCCUCUAGCAGCUGUGCCCCUUUUUAGUCUCCAAUUUCUCCACAAUCUCACCAACACUUAUUUUCUGAUUUAGU